AUGGAGAAUUCAUGCCGCCAGCCACGAACAACUCAAGAGAAGAAAAAGAGGAAGAAACUACAGAUGUUUGUUCGGCUAAUGCCGAAAAAUCAACGAAAAUCCUCAAUUGUGCAGAAACUCAUUUCACCCUUCAAAGACGGCUCCACUUGUAAAGAGGAGGAGCAAAGACUCUGCUAUGCCGGUAAUUUUCCUUUCACAUCGAUUCUCGAAAAGCUGAGCUUGACAUUCCUCGGGCUGCUUUGAUUGUCAGCUGGGAAAGGCGAUUGUGGAAUCAAGGCUGCAGCUACCAUCUACGUCAACUGUGAGCUUCUCGGAGGAGCCAAGAAAAGAAAGAAAAAGGUCUACAUCAUUCCAAAGAAGAACAAUAUAAGCCAAAGGAAGUCAAGCUCGCCGUCCCCCAAGUACUUCAAAAUCGACGAGAACGGCAAGAUCAGCCGUCUACCAACAGGGAUACCAACAGUCAGCAUUCAGAGGGAAGCCUUCAUGACCCAGCCCACCACACUACGGAAGAUGUCCCAACAUCCUUGUCGUUGA